AUGGAUGCCGAGAUCACCGAGCUCAACAAAAAAAUGGAAGAUGCUGAAGACAGAGGUUACAAGGAGGGAGAGGCCACCUACAUCCUGCAAUGUGAAGCAGCUAAGGACAUAUUUUUCAAAUACGGAUGGAAGGCAGCUGUGUCAAGGCUCAGUUAUGGCGAAGAGAGCGAGUUGGCACUGGCAAGCCAUGCAGCUCUAUCACCUAAAGUUUAUUGGAAAUCCAUGUUGCCAAACACUCCCAUGCCUAUGACUAUUAAGAAUAGUCUGAGCCCUGAACUGGUAGAAGAGAAAAGCACCUCAAUCGACAUAGACAAAGGAGUAGACGUCAGCACCGGAAAGCCCCACAAAGAAACCAAUGUCGGUGUUAGCAAAGAUGGUGUCUCCGCCAGCACUGGAGGCAAGGGAACAUCGGUACAUGUUGUACUACCCAAACUACCCGGACCAGCACCAUACGGAUACUAUUAUGGUGCUACUGCUGACCGACUCCAUGAUAACCCGGACGUAGCUCUUUUCUUCUUAGAAAAGGACAUGAAACUAGGCAUGAAGAUGCCCUCGCACUUCACUAAAGCCACGAACGCAGCUACUUUCUUACCUCGCCAGGUUUCGAAACAGAUACCCUUUUCAUCCAACAAAUUGCCGGAAAUUCUGAACCACUUUCCAGUGAAACCAAACUCAAUGGAAGCUAAGAUAAUGAAAACAAGCAAUCAAAGAAUUCUAAUGAAGUUGCACAAUAUUUCUCUGCCUUAUAUUUCAGGAGUGAAGAAAGCGAGCAGCAAAACUGUGGUGUGCCAUAAGCAGAACUACGUGUAUGCUAUAUUUUACUGCCACAAAACAGACACCACAAAAACAUAUAUGGUGUCGAUGACCCGUGCUGACUGCACAAAAGCAAAAGCAGUGACAUUGUGUCAUACUGAUACAUCGGCAUGGAAUCCAAAGCACGUAGCCUUUCUAGUGCUCAAGGUUAAACGGGGAACUGUUCCAACCUGCCAUUUCCUUCCGGAGGAUCAUGUCGUCUGGGUUCCAAACUAG